CUGCGAAGUGGCGCGCCUUGAGAGACAGAGACGGGAAAGGUAUGGACAAUCUGGCGGGCACCUUUCUCUUAUGAUGCAAUGUGUCAUGUCACUCGGCAUAAUGUGGUUUGCUUGCAUGCCCUGUUAACUCGUUUCAAUUUUUGUAAAAUGAUAUUAAUUUAGUUUGAAUGCCCCUAAAUAAUUCAUCUCGUCACUUUAUCAAAUCGCAUAGUGACCCAAACUCUGCUUAAAUUUCCUAGAAGUCUACUUAACGUAAAGUCAAAUAUUGGUAGGAAAUAAAAGCUCGAUACCAUAGUUUCAAGACAAUUCUUCGCCUUAAUUGUUGCGUAUUAGUGAUUUGUACGAACGUAAUUCUUUAUAUGCUGUUAGUAGCAAACGAAGAAUUCAAUGAGUUUCGUAUUGGCUACAAAACUGGGUAAGCUCUAAAUGUACAGCUUGCUUGGCGAUGUGUAACUGCAGCGACAACUGCAGUGUGUUCAAUAUUUCUUUUUAAUAUUGUCUUUACCAGAAAGAGAGGAUGGCAUGAACGGUAUACGAUUUGCAAUGACAACGGUUUUGAUAUUUCGCUUUAGCAAUAUUUUUUUAUUGUUUUGUUUUGAAGGUCUUGACUACGAAACUACAAAUUUUGUGUGCCGUUAGCUCUAUUUUAAGGAUACCGUGGCGCUUCGAUUUAUUCGCUGCUGCUGGCUUUACCUUUUAAUAAAGCUGCAUUUUUUCUCUAGAAGGUCGUCAUAACGACUGCUAAGUGUGUCCACCAGGCGACAGGUAUUCCCGUUGACUUGCAGCGUAACUGGACUAGCCAUGUCACCACACCACGCUUGCGUCCUUCUUUUCAUUUUAUUUCUGGCCGGAGCACAAGGCUUCUCCUUCGGUGGGCAAAAGGACGAGGACUUCGUUGAGGACCCCUUGAUUGAGGAAGAAGAUGAAGAAGAACGCCCCAACGAAAAGACGCCAGACAUGCCUCCCUGGUAUUCCAGCAAGGGAUACCCCUACGACUACGGGAUGGGAGAGGAACUGGGAAACAUGUUCGGCUCUCACAACGAGGACCUCUUCAAGGACAAGGAAUACCUAUUCGAAGAACCCAAAAAGACUUUCGAGGAGAUCUACGAAGAAGUCUUCAGGUUUCAUGACCUCGACAAAGAUGACGCACUCACGCCAGAGGAAGUGAGACGGGCGCUGCUCCACUCGAAGAUCGACAUUGUGGACGCUGCCGGAAAUGAUCUCGUGGACGACGCUCUUGCAUACGACGACAAGGACAAGGACGGAAUGCUCUCACUCGAGGAGUUCCUGCUUUCGCAGAAGACCAACAUGAGCGGCCUCAAGAGUCUCGGAGAGCUGGAGCUAUGACGUGUCACUAGUCACUGAAGUCUGUAACCAAAAUCUGAUAACAGCAUCAGAAAGUUCAGGGUUUGCGACAUUGUUGCUAAUUUUUACGUCUGAAGAAAACCUCCUGUUGAUCUUGGCGUUGUACGCUGUUAAGUGAUGGAGUGUGAUAUCUCAAAGAUAUCUAGACAGCUGUUUGCAAUGAAUAUUUCGCGCUACCGCAUACCGCAAGAGAGGCCACAUUACCCAAUGAAAACCCUACACUGCACAAAGAAUAGCGGCAUCAUAUUUUGGAUUCCUUUGCGAAUAUUUUUUUUUUAAAUCUUUCCAAAAUUAUUUAAGUCCCGUAUUGCAGGAUGUCCCUCCACUUAGUGCUCCUUCUCGACUCGACAAUGUUGAUGGCAGCGCCACCUCGGUAGAAGAAGGCACUGAAAAAGAAUGAUCAUGGCCUCCGAGAUCAUGGCCUCCGCGCACUCUCGAAGGCCGUGGAAUGAUCCUCGGCAGCCAUUCUAAAGAAGAGAGGAGUGAUAUUCAUUCCAGCAUUGGCGCUGUGCUUGACUCUUUUGAGCAAAGGACUAUUUUUAAGUCGAGGCUUGUCUGAGAAUACGGGCGUAAGUCGCAAUGGGAACAGAAAUUGAAGGGAUGACACAGAAAUCAUGACCGCUGUGAGGUCCAAGAUUGAGUGAGCAAUAACUCUUGUUACUGUGCGCACUUUAAAGUCAAUUCACUGUCUCACUGAAGCCUCAACACUGCUACGACGCAACUAGGCGUGUGACAUUCAGGGUUUGAUUACUAUGCACAGCGUGGUAUGCUGAGUUCUUCGCGUGUACCUGAGUAAUUGCAGCGAGAAAUGUGGAGUUUGCAAGGU